GCCGCCGCCACACUAUCAUCUCUCUCAGGUUUUUCCAUGGCAAUGGAGUCUUCGAUUCUCAAAAGCCCUAAUCUCUCUUCACCAUCGUUCGGUGUACCUUCAAUUCCCGCCUUAUCCUCCUCCUCCACGUCACCAAUUUCAUCUCUUCAUCUCCGAUCACACAACUACCGUACCAUUCCCCUUACCGCCGCCGGGAAUUUUCGAAUCUCGUGCUCACUCUCCGUUUCUUCUCCUCUACCAUCUCAUUCUCCCCGCCGUCGUCCCGAUUACAUCCCUAACCGCAUUUCCGACCCCAAUUACGUUCGAAUCUUCGACACGACUCUCCGAGACGGUGAACAGUCUCCCGGAGCUACACUAACCUCCAAGGAAAAGCUCGAUAUCGCUCGUCAAUUAGCCAAGCUCGGAGUUGACAUCAUCGAAGCUGGAUUUCCUGCUGCUUCAAAAGACGAUUUCGAAGCUGUGAAAACCAUAGCAGAGACUGUUGGCAAUACCGUCGACGAGAAUGGCUAUGUACCUGUAAUAUGUGGUCUCUCGAGAUGUAACAAGAAGGAUAUUGAGACGGCUUGGGAGGCUGUGAAAUACGCUAAACGUCCUAGAAUCCAUACAUUUAUUGCCACUAGUGAUAUUCAUUUGAAGUAUAAGCUGAAGAAAAGCAAAGAAGAAGUUAUUGAGAUCGCCAGAAAUAUGGUUAGAUUCGCCAGAAGCUUGGGAUGUGAAGAUAUUGAAUUUAGUCCAGAAGAUGCCGGAAGAUCGGAGAGAGAGUACUUAUACGAGAUUCUUGGUGAAGUGAUAAAAGCUGGAGCAACAACUCUCAACAUACCUGACACUGUUGGUAUAACCUUGCCUAGUGAGUUUGGUCAGUUGAUUGCUGAUAUUAAAACUAAUACUCCUGGGAUCCAAAAUGUUAUAAUCUCUACACAUUGUCAGAAUGAUCUUGGACUCUCAACCGCCAAUACUUUAUCUGGUGCACAUUCGGGCGCCAGGCAAGUGGAAGUGACUAUCAAUGGAAUUGGCGAAAGAGCUGGAAACGCUUCAUUAGAAGAGGUUGUCAUGGCCAUAAAAUGCCGUGGAGAUCAUGUCUUAGGAGGCCUAUUUACUGGAAUCGAUACCCGGCACAUUGUUAUGACAAGCAAGAUGGUUGAGGAGUACACUGGUAUGCAAACGCAGCCCCAUAAGGCUAUUGUAGGAGCUAACGCCUUUGCGCAUGAAAGUGGUAUUCAUCAGGAUGGAAUGCUGAAGCACAAGGGUACCUAUGAAAUUAUGUCCCCCGAAGAGAUUGGACUUCAGCGAUCAAAUGAAGCUGGCAUUGUGUUGGGGAAGCUUAGUGGGCGUCACGCACUGAGAGACCGUUUAAAUGAGCUCGGUUAUGUCCUGGAUGAUGGACAGCUAAGCAACCUUUUUUGGCGUUUCAAAGCUGUGGCAGAGCGGAAAAAGAGAGUUACCGAUGCUGAUUUAAUAGCUUUAGUAUCUGAUGAAGUAUUUCAGCCAGAGGCUGUGUGGAAACUUCUGGACAUGCAGAUAACUUGUGGAACUCUCGGUCUCUCAACAUCAACUGUAAAACUUGCCGACUCCGAUGGCAAAGAGCAUGUAGCUUGUUCUGUUGGAACUGGACCUGUAGAUGCAGCUUACAAGGCAGUUGAUCUUAUCGUUAAGGAACCUGUGACUCUACUUGAGUACUCGAUGAAUGCAGUAACAGAAGGCAUUGAUGCUAUUGCAACCACACGGGUUCUAAUCCGCGGAGACAACAACUACUCAUCAACAAACGCGGUAACCGGUGAAUCUGUUGAAAGAACUUUUAGUGGAACCGGAGCAGGAAUGGACAUUGUGGUGUCAAGCGUUAAAGCUUAUGUUGGAGCUUUGAACAAAAUGUUGGGUUUCAAAGAACACUCCUCCAGUUUAAGCCUCACAAUGAUGGGAACAGGUCUAUACCAAAAAACAACAGUGUCUUCUUGCAUUCGAGAAACCUCAGGCCAGUUCUUGUUACUCGGUCUGAUUCUUCUGUUGAUUCCUCAGAUAGGUCUAUACGGAAUCUAUUGCCGCUCCAAACGCCUUUUCAAUUAUUUCUACUACAGCAUGGUUGUGGUCAUUAUCAUUGUAUCUUAUUAUUCAAUCAAAUGUUUCACUUACAACACCACUUUUGGCAUCCCUAAGAACCCCGCCAAGGACCACCGCACCGUGCCACGGUUACUCGGCGGCUGCACUAAGUCAUCAGAGGUGGAAUCAUCCUCCAAUCAUCAUGUUAUUGCCACUGUCUCAAGAAAGAACCCUGUCUCAGCUGCUAGAUAUAACUAUAGAAAUGAGUCAACUAACCUAGGUUCUGGAGUUGCACCGGCUUAUCAUCAUCAAUCCAGAUACUCCCGAAAUUCGUCAUACAUAGGCAUGUCUCUGUUUGUUUAUGAAAGACGAUUUGAUUCAUCAUCUGAUCCGGUUGAUUGGAUCAGCAAACUCCCGAGUGAUGUAUUGCUCGUGAUCAUAUCGAGACUGUCCACAGAAGAAGCAGUAAGGACGAGUCUUGUGUCCAAACGAUGGGAACAUUUGUGGAAGCACAUGUCUCAUCUAGUUUUGGACAUUCGAAAGAAGAUUACCAAUUCCAACAAUACGCUCCAUGUUUGGAAUCGGGUUGCUACAUUGAUGACCAAGAUUAUAAACAAUCACCGUGGAUAUCUAGAAAGCUGUGUAAUCCACCAUUACUCAAACGGGAUGCUGAAUACUUGGAUUCAAUCACUUACCGUUGUAAAGCAGACCAAGCAUUUAACACUUAUACACCAUGUUGGACUAAGGAACUUUGGAGAAUUUAUCGAGUUUCCCCCAAACUCAUUCUCAUAUCCAGGGCUCACAUCACUCUCGCUAUCUACACUCAUGAUCAGAACAUCUCAUUCCUUCAACAACUGCCAAUUUCUCAAGACCCUCAAAAUCACAUGUAUGCUCGCCCCCGAUGUUGGAGUCGUCAACAGAGUCCUCGCAUCUUGCCCUUCCCUCGAGGUGCUUGUACUAAACCUCACUUGCAAAAACAAAAAUGGUCCUUUGAAGAUUGAAAACAAUAGAUUAAAGCUCUUGAAAGUGUCACUUUGCGAACAUAUUGAUGGCAUUCAAGUGUCAUCACCUAGUUUGCAUAUUCUCGCCAUCAAAGAAAUUCUCUUCUUUGGGAGAGAUAAAUUUGUCCUUAGGUCCCCUCGACUCCAGUUUAAUAGAAAUUUUUGGCUUACAAGGACUUUCUUACCUCACAUCAGCUACAACAUCUCGCAGGAUGAAAUUUGCAUUGGUCAUGAAGAAUUUGUGGUUAACACAUGUGGGGAUUUGUGGGGAGCAUCAUUGUCGGUGAGUGUAGAUCUAAUGAAUCCAAGACAAGUUAAGAGGUUAAGACAAGUCUUACUUCUAUGGACUUCUGAAAUGGCAGAGCUUGAGAUCUUAUUUAAGAAUGACAAUGCUCCUAGCGAAAAAGGUGAGUCUUCACAUAACAAGUUUUGGGAGGACAACUAUAAAGAUCCGUUCCCUAAUGCCGAGUUCCGUGUGAAUACUGUGUGGAUGCAUAACUUCAGUGGUUCAGAGGAAGAGUUUGCCUUGGCGGCGUGUUUGAUCAGGCAAGGGACUGUGGUAAAGAAUAUGAUGAUCAAGACAACAUCAUUUUCUGCCAGGAAGAAGUUGGAGAUAGAAACAGCAGUAGCCCAGCUACAAGCACUUCAAACACAAGAUCAACGGGAGCUUACCAUCAAAUGCACGUUAGUAGAUUGCCGCGGCACCGGGUGUGGAAGCUCGGCAGAGAGAAGCUUGGUCGUGGAAGGAGACUCACAGGCAGCCGUGAUAGGUCUAUACGGAAUCUGUUGCCGCUCCAAACGCCUUUUCAAUUAUUUCUACUACGGCAUGGUUGUGGUCAUUAUCAUUGUAUCUUAUUAUUCAAUCAAAUGUUUCGCCUACAACACCACUUUUGGCAUCCCUAAGAACCCCGCCAAGGACCACCGCACCGUGCCACAGUUACUCGGCCGGCUGGUCUCUAAGGAGAAGUUCGAGAACGUAGUCUUGUGUAUCAUUCACAACCAUGACUGUAAUUACAAUGCCAGCAAAAACAGCAAUGUUUGGAAGUAUUGCUGUGCACAACCGCCGGGAUGUGGGACCAUUACGAUGUUUGACAAGCCAGGCGAGUGGAGUUGGAAACAACAGUAUGAACGGAACCAAGUUCCAGAAGAGUGUUCUUAUGAAUAUUGUUUAGAUUGCAGAGGCUGCCAACUAAGCAUCUUAAAAGCCAUUGUUCAUCAAUGGAAAUAUCUCUCAAUGUUUGCUUACCCUGCUCUAGUCCUUUCCUGCAUCAGUUUUGCCCUGGCUUGGUCUCUCAAGGAUACUAUCCACGAAACCGAAGAUUAUCGAGGUUCUUAUAGUUGAUCUAUUAUUCAGUCCUAGAAUACCUCUUGAAAUUACAUCAUAAGUGUCAGAUUUGUAGAAAUGUCUAAUAGAAAUCGGUGAAAGAGUUUUGAAUGAGAGACCGACGUUCAUGUGCAUACAUAUGUAUUACAAAUACAUGGGCAUAAGCCUG